AUGAAGAUAUUCAAAUGUUAUUGUAAACAUACCCUGCAGCAGAAAGUUUUCAUCCUGUUUUUAACCCUAUGGCUGCUCUCCUUAUUAAAGCUUCUAAAUGUGAGACGACUCUUUCCGCAAAAAGACAUUUACUUGGUUGAGUACUCCCUAAGUACCUCGCCUUUUGUAAGAAACAGAUACACUCACGUUAAGGAUGAAGUCAGGUAUGAAGUUAACUGUUCGGGUAUCUAUGAACAGGAGCCUUUGGAAAUCGGCAAGAGUCUGGAAAUAAGAAGAAGGGACAUCAUUGACUUGGAGGAUGAUGAUGUUGUGGCAAUGACCAGUGAUUGUGACAUUUAUCAGACUCUAAGAGGUUAUGCUCAAAAGCUUGUCUCAAAGGAGGAGAAAAGCUUCCCAAUAGCCUAUUCUUUGGUUGUCCACAAAGAUGCAAUUAUGGUUGAAAGGCUUAUCCAUGCUAUAUACAACCAGCACAAUAUUUACUGCAUCCAUUAUGAUCGUAAGGCACCUGAUACCUUCAAAGUUGCCAUGAACAAUUUAGCUAAGUGCUUCUCCAAUAUUUUCAUUGCUUCCAAAUUAGAGGCUGUGGAAUAUGCCCACAUUUCCAGACUCCAAGCUGAUUUAAAUUGCUUGUCGGACCUUCUGAAGUCUUCAGUCCAGUGGAAAUAUGUUAUCAACUUGUGUGGGCAAGAUUUUCCCCUGAAGUCAAAUUUUGAAUUAGUGUCAGAGUUGAAAAAACUCAAUGGAGCAAAUAUGUUGGAGACAGUGAAACCCCCAAACAGUAAAUUGGAAAGAUUCACUUACCAUCAUGAACUUAGACGGGUGCCUUAUGAAUAUGUGAAACUACCAAUAAGGACAAACAUCUCCAAGGAAGCACCCCCCCAUAACAUUCAGAUAUUUGUUGGCAGUGCUUAUUUUGUUUUAAGUCAAGCAUUUGUUAAAUAUAUUUUCAACAACUCCGUCAUUCAAGACUUUUUUGCCUGGUCUAAAGACACAUACUCUCCUGAUGAGCACUUUUGGGCUACCUUGAUUCGGGUUCCAGGAAUACCUGGGGAGAUUUCCAGAUCAGCCCAGGAUGUGUCUGAUCUGCAGAGUAAGACCCGCCUUGUCAAAUGGAAUUACUAUGAAGGCUUUUUCUAUCCCGGUUGUACUGGAUCUCACCUUCGAAGUGUGUGUAUUUAUGGAGCUGCAGAAUUAAGGUGGCUUAUCAAAGAUGGACACUGGUUUGCUAAUAAAUUUGAUUCUAAGGUGGACCCUAUCUUGAUUAAAUGCUUGGCAGAAAAGCUUGAAGAACAACAGAGAAACUGGAUCACUUUGUCCUCAGAAAAGUUGUUUAUGGAUAGAAAUCUCACAACCACAUCAUGAUAGUAAAAUCAGGAUGGAAAUAAGAGGGUGCCUGAUAAAUGGAGUCAGUAUGGAAUUGAAUACUACACUAUGCCCAAUACUGUUUAAACUCAGUCCUCCCAUAUUUUAAAAGGUGUCCAAAAUUCCAUACACAAGGGAAAGUGAUCUAGCCUUUGAUGUUAUUAGCCUGCAGUUGGCUAGGUUUUUUUAAUGUUUGUUUUUGCUUGUAAUCUCACUGAGCUAAAUCAGAGAUCUUAAACAUUCAGUCAGUCAUCAAACAUUAUUGAGCACCUAACUGUAUGACAGGCACUUUUUUAGAGACUGCAGCUUAUCCUCAUCAUAGCAACCUCGGUAUCUUUAAGUUCUCCAUGUAAUAGUCAGGAUUCUACUGAAGAAGCUUCUGAAGUUUGUGGUAAUCAUCCGAUCAUAUGAACCACCCAUUUCAGAGUAGUGCUUAAGUACUGUGACCAACACUCCACUUGUCUCUUAGCUCAGCUUCCAAGACAUUUCUUAACCAUUAGAGCAGAGGAGGAAAGACUUACUACCUCAGAAAAAUCUCAAAGAAUAGUCCAAUUUCCUGCUUGCCAAAGCAUAAUCUGCCUUUUGGUGCAUUACUUGGUCAAUUCAGGGUUGAGAAGACUGUUGGGGGGCAUUUAUAGUGUAUGAAAGUUAAGGAAGGGGGUGAGGAUAUGGGUUGGGACAGGUAGUACCUAAAGAGGAGCGAAGGGAUUUAUACAACAUUUUUAUCAUGUUACAAAACAGUAUCAUGAAUGGCCUCCUUUUUAAUUCAACUGUUUCUUUAAAAUGCAUUUACUGAUUUAAAAUAAGAACUGACCAAUAGCUCCAAGUGUCACACACCAGAACAUUAGGCCUAAGUCCUCAAUUCAUAAGUUAUCAUUCUAGAUAAGUUUCUUUACAAUGGAAUACUUUCUAUGGAAUCAUUAUAACUCUGUUGUAUGGAACUAUCAAGCUAAGAGUCACUAAAUUUUCUUGAAAAGGUUGGGUGAAAUAUGACAGCUUUCUAAAUUAAUUUUUAUAGUCAUUUAAAAUAUUUUCCUCUCUGGCAACUGUUCAACUGGAAUCCAGAUUUAAAGUGAUAAAAGCUCUAAGUUUCUUGAAGUCUUUUUCUCAGCUUAGUUCCAGAGAGAAAAAAGCUAAUUUUCCUAAGGACACAGCAAGAAUAUUCAUUAAGGAUAUUUUAUAAAACCCACACUUGAGAAAA